AUGAAGGCCUGUGUCUCCCUGCUUGUGGUCAUGCUCUGUGGCCUGGCCUGGGCUGGAAACCUGGAGUCAUGUGCAUCUCGCUGCAAUGAGAAGUUUAACAGGGAUGCUGCCUGCCAGUGUGACCCUCGGUGUCCCCAGCAUGAUGACUGCUGUGAUGACUAUGGACGUCUGUGCAAUGCUGAAGAAGGCCCCCCAGAGCCCAAGGCAUUCCUGGAUCCAGAGGAUGAGAUCCCAGCCAGCUACCUGUACUUGGCACCAAACUCCUGCCAGGGCCGCUGCCGGGAAGCCUAUGACAGGCACCACCCUUGCCACUGCAAUGACCGAUGCCAAGAGUUCGGGAACUGCUGUGAAGAUUUUGACAGCCUGUGUGGUGACCACGAGGGCUUCUCCCACAGCAGCGAUGCCAUAACCAACGAGGAACUCCAGAGUAUCUCUGAGACGAUCUACAGGGUAGAUACCAACAAAGCCCAGAAGGAAGACAUUGUCCUCAACAGUCAAAACCGUGUCUCCCCGUCAGAGACAGGAAACCGAGUGGAUCGCUGCUCGGAGCCGCUCUUUACUUAUGUCAAUGAGCAGCUGUUCUCCAAGCCCACCUAUGCAGCCUUUAUCAACCUGCUCAACAAUUACCAGCGGGCCACGGGCCACGGGGAACACUUCAGUGCCCAACAGCUGGAGGAGCAGACUGUCUUCCUCAGGGAGGUCAUGAAGACAGCUGUUAUGAAGGAGCUCUAUGGCUUUCUCCAUCACCAAAACCGCUACAGCUCCGAACAAGAGUUCGUGGAUGAUCUGAGGAACAUGUGGUUUGGGCUCUACUCAAGAGGCAGUGAAGAAGGGGAUUCGAGCGGCUUUGAACACGUCUUCUCAGGUGAAGUGAAAAAGGGCAAGGUCACUGGCUUCCACAACUGGAUCCGCUUCUACCUGCAGGAGAAGGAGGGUCUGCUUGACUAUUACAGUCACAACUACGAUGGGCCUUGGGAUUCCUACCCUGAUGUCCUAGCCAUGCAGUUCAAUUGGGAUGGCUACUACAAGGAAGUGGGCUCAGCUUUCAUUGGCAGCAGCCCUGAGUUCGAGUUCGCCCUCUACUCUCUGUGUUUCAUCACCAGGCCAGGCAAAAAGUGCCACUUAAGCCUGGGUGGCUAUCCUCUGGCCAUCCAGACCUACACCUGGGAUAAGACCACCUAUGGAAACGGGAAGAAGUACAUCGCCACAGCCUACAUAGUGUCUUCCACCCAAUAGAGCGCGCGGCCAGAUGGGUUAUGAGGGCUGAGGCAGAUCCAGGUGCUAUUUGCUCUGUACUGGGGAGGGGAGGAAGGAGUCUUGGAGGAACCCCAAAGCCCAGUUUUAUGAAAGAGAUCUCAAAUCUAGAAAUGCCCAUGUGGGAGAGAAAAAAAAAGAUACAAUUAGAAAAAUGUAGAGAAUCAGCCAAACCUUUGUCUUCCUGUAUCUUAGCAACAUGAACAAGGAAAUAGAGCUCCUCUCUGUCUGGAAAAGGUAGCAACCUUGGAGAAUUCUUUACAGUAUAGUGGGGC